AGAAUUCUGUAAGCAAGAAGCAUCUUAGAAAUCCCCGCUGGGCAGGCAGGAGCUAGGAGAGAAGCUACAAUGACCUCAGCGGUCCUGGUGGACAUACGAGAUGAAGUGACCUGCCCCAUCUGCCUGGAGCUCCUGACAGAGCCCCUGAGCAUAGACUGUGGCCACAGCUUCUGCCAGACUUGCAUCACGGGGAACAGCGCAGAAUCAGUGUUGGGCCGAGAAGGGGAAAGCAGCUGUCCUGUGUGCCAGACCAGCUACCAACCUGGGGACCUGAGGCCGAAUCGGCACCUGGCCAACAUAGCAGAGAGGCUCAGAGAGGUGGUGUUGGGCCCUGGGAUGCAGCUGAAGGCGAUUCUCUGUGCACACCAUGGAGAGAAACUCCAGCUCUUCUGUAAGGAGGAUGGGAAGCUCAUUUGCUGGCUUUGUGAGCGGUCUCAGGAGCAUCGUGGUCACCACACGGUCCUUAUGGAGGAAGUUGCCCAUGAGUACCAGGAGAAGUUCCAGGAGUCUCUGAGGAAGCUGAGGCUAGAGCAGCAGGAAGCUGAGAGACUAACUGCUGUUAUCAUAGGGAAGAGGACAUCCUGGAAGAAUCAGAUGGAACCCGAGAGACACAGGAUCCAGACAGAGUUUAAUAAGUUGAGAAGCAUCCUGGACAAAGAGGAGCAGCGACAAUUGAAAAAGCUGGAGGAGGAAGAGAGGAAGGGGCUGAGUAUUUUAGAAGAGGCUGAGAAUGAGCUGGUCCAACAGAGCCAGUCACUGAGGGAGCUUAUCUCAGAUCUGGAGCUUCGGUGUCAGGGGUCAGCAAUGGAGCUGCUGCAGGAUGUGAGUGAUGUCAUAAAAAGAAGUGAGUUCUGGGCCCUAAAGAAGCCAGAAGCUCUUCCUACCAAGCUGAAGAGUAUGUUUCGAGUUCCAGAUCUGAAAAGGAUGCUGCGAGUGUUUAGAGAACUGACGGAUGUCCAGAGCUACUGGGUGGACGUGACUCUGAAUCCACACACAGCUAAUUUAAAUCUUGUCAUGUCUAAAAACCGAAGACAGGUGAGAUUUGUGGGUGCCAAGCUGUCUGGGUCUUACCUGGAAGAGCAUUAUGACUGUGGUAUCCUGGGAUCUCAGCACUUCUCCUCCGGGAAACAUUACUGGGAAGUGGAUGUGGCCAAGAAGACUGACUGGAUCCUGGGGGUGUGCAGUAAUUCAGUGGAACCUACGUACUGUUUCAACCAGUUUACAAACAAUCGAAAUGUUUACUCCAGGUAUCAACCUCAAAGUGGAUACUGGGUGAUUGGGCUACAUCAUAAACAUGAAUAUAGAGCCUAUGAGGAAUCUUCCACUUCCCUGCUCCUCUCCAUGAUGGUGCCCCCUCGCCGUGUUGGAGUUUUCUUAGACUAUGAGGCCGGCACUGUCUCCUUUUAUAAUGUCACGAACCAUGGCUUUCCCAUCUACACCUUCUCUAAAUAUUACUUUCCUACCACCCUUUCUCCAUAUUUUAAUCCUUGCAACUGUGUAGUCCCGAUGACCCUGCGUCGCCCAAGCUCUUGAACGUUCCAUUGACUGCACCCAUAUCUGAGCAGGACCCUUCACUCUGAGAUUCAUCUGUACCUCAGUCUCUCCUUUCUGAACUUCUGUUUUCUCGCAUUCUUACAUCCUUCCCUCCAGCAUUUACUCAGUGCCAAAAUAUACCCAGAGGUGAUAGUGGACAUCCCAAAUUAAUUA